AUGGUCGUUUAUGGUGUGUAUAUCGUAUCCAAAUCCGGUGGCCUAAUCUUCAACCUUGACCACAAUGUCCCGAAAAUCGAAACGGAAAAGACCUUCUCGUACCCCCUUGACAUCAAACUGCGUUACGAAAACAAGAAAAUCGUGGUAGAGUUCGGGCAGAGGGACGGCAUUCACGUGGGGCACGUCCUCUAUGCCAUCAACGGGCUCCCGAUCACUGGCCGUCAGUUAGACGACGGAAGAGACGCCUUCGAAGUAUUAGAAAAUAAAGACAAUUACCCCCUCAAUCUAAAAUUUGGAAGACCCAAAAUGACCACAAAUGAGAAAAUUUUCCUAGCUAGUAUGUUUUACCCACUGUUUGCUAUCGCAAGUCAGUUGAGUCCUGAGCCGAAGUCGUCAGGGAUUGAGGUUUUGGAGGCAGACACGUUUAAAUUGCAUUGUUUCCAAACGCUGACUGGAGUCAAGAUGAUGGUGGUGGCUGAUAGGAACCAGGCAGGAGUGGAGAUACUUUUGAAGAGGAUUUAUGAGAUUUAUGCCGAUUAUGCCCUCAAAAAUCCGUUCUAUUCGCUGGAAAUGCCGAUAAGGUGCGAGCUGUUUGACCUCAAUUUGAAGAGUAUUUUGGAUCAGCUGGAAAAGUCCGGCAUUUCCAAUAUUUAAGAUACGUGUAAGAUUAUUAUAAAUGUUUAUAAAUAUACCCUGUGAUACUUAAA